CGUUCACGCUUUUUAGCAGUCCCGUUCUUCGUCCUUAAACUUCUGUCCUCUUUUCUUCCAAAUCUCUGGAGCUAAGAAAAUAUGGCGACAAUCUCUCAAUUUAAUCUAUCUACAUGGAUGAGUUUCUCAUGUUCUACUCCAAAACAGCACAGGUUAUGCAUAAAACCGGUGUUUCGGGCUUUGAAUUCGAUCAAAGCAACUCGGAAUCCGGUGGAGAAACUUCAAGUUUGGUCCCAAGAGUCCGUCCUCGGGAGACCCGUGUUCCGGCUCCGUGCCGUGGAGCAUGACGAGGAGCCGAUAAAUGAGGUGGCAGCGGCGGCAGUGGCAGUGGCAGAGGAGGUGAAGCCUGAAAAGGAUUCGGAGAUUGAGAGCUUGAAGAGGGAUUUGGUGGAUUCCUUCAAUGGGACUGAUCGUGGGUUGAGUGCUACCAGUGAGAUCAGAGCAGAGAUUGUGGAACUUAUCACUCAACUCGAGGCCAAGAACCCGACUCCAGCACCAACUGAGGCCUUGACUCUGCUGAAUGGGAAAUGGAUUCUCACGUAUACAUCAUUUCCGGGUCUGUUCCCCUUGUUGUCUAGGGGUCCGGUGUUGGCAAAGGUGGAGGAAAUAUCACAAACCAUUGAUGCUGAAAAUUUCACAGUGCAAAACUCUGUUCUUCUAUCUGGACCAUUGGCUACCAGCUCCAUAACUACCAACGCCAAAUUCGAAAUCAGAAGCCCGAAGCGAGUACAGAUCAAAUUUGAAGAAAGCAUAAUUGGAACUCCCCAGCUGACAGACUCCAUAGUUUUCCCAGAAAGUGUGGAGUUUCUGGGACAAAAGUUUGAUCUCAGUCCCUUGAAAGGCUUAAUCACUUCUGUGCAAGACACAGCUUCAUCACUAGCAAAUACUAUUUCCAGCCAACCGCCAAUUAAGUUCUCUAUCUCAAACAGCAAUGCUGAAUCUUGGCUACUAACCACCUACCUCGAUGAAGAUCUUCGAAUUUCAAGGGGUGAUGUUGGGAGUGUCUUUGUGCUCCUCAAAGAGGGUAGCUCGCUCUUGACACCAUGAAAACAAAACUGCAUCAUGAACUCUUAAGAUUUUGAAUUUUCUUGUUUUUAUCCCUUUUUUGUUCUCUACUUUGCAUCAAGGAAACCCAAUGAGGAAUUCUUGCAUUGAUAAAUAAAUAUUUUGUGGUUAUGAAUUUCAAAUUAAGGUACGUUGUGAGU